AUGCUAGCACAGGUGGAAAGUGAUAUCCAUGAGGAGCGCGACUACAAUUGUGCCUUCUACGAGUUACUGCUUUUAAAAGGCCUUCCUACCUCAACCCUCUCCUCAACAUUCCCUCUCACGCUUGGACCUAAAAUCCUCGCUCUUAUACCACACAUCCCCCCCUCCUCCGAAUUGUACCUCUCCUCUCUGGCCUGCAACCGUCAAUCUCAUCACCCAUCAUCACCCCUCACACGUCCCUCUCCUCUCUGGACUGCUGUGCCACAUUCAUCCCCCACCUCCCUCACACGUCCCUCUCCUCUCUGGACUGCUAUGCCACAUUCAUCCCCCACUCCCUCACACGUCCCUCUCCUCUCUGGACUGCUAUGCCGCAUUCAUCCCCCACUCCCUCACACGUCCCUCUCCUCUCUGGACUGCUAUGCCGCAUUCAUCCCCCACUCCCUCACACGUCCCUCUCCUCUCUGGACUGCUAUGCCGCAUUCAUCCCCCACUCCCUCACACGUCCCUCUCCUCUCUGGACUGCUAUGCCGCAUUCAUCCCCCACUCCCUCACACGUCCCUCUCCUCUCUGGACUGA